AAAAUGUUUAUGGCUUGUUUGCGGAUAAAUAGAAGCAGAGACACCCUGCUGGAUUUUUCAGCUAAAUCGCUAGUAGAUCUUCGGUUUAGAGUCCCAUGGCCUCUCUAGCUCCGAGCAGGGUCACCGCGGCAUCUAUGGAGCUCAAUACUUUGGCCAGCGCCAGCCACAAGGCCGCCGAGCAGCUCGCGUCCAUCUUGAACUCCUCAGAGGUUAGCUUCGAACCUGACAUCCCGACACUGGAGUAUGAGCCAAAAUUGGAGGACAUCCUCAAAGGGGAGGGAGAGCAUAGGUUGGCAACGGUGGAUGAACUAGAUCUGACAGACGUCCUGCAGGAGUCGGAAGAAGACCUGUUGCCUCCAUCUGCAUUCAUGGACGGACCUCCCCCCAGGUCCCAGCAGCAGUCAGUAAACCUCACGACCACGGAGGGAGCUAUUCUGAGGCAGGAGAUCUUGCCGGGCAUUGCCAACCAGCUCUCCCAGGCUUCCCUACACAAUCAGGCCGGUCUUCCCACAGUGAUGGCUGUUCGUGGAUGCUUUGCCAUCGGAACAUCACACGGACUGGUCCUCAUAUUUGAUUCCAAGCAGCAGUUGAAGUCAGUCCUGAACCCCUACCAGAAGGGCGGACCAGGAAUCAACUUGGGAUUCUAUGGUGCUGUGUCAGCUGUGGACAUCAGCUCUGACAGUACCAGACUCAUCUGUGGAUACGCUAAAGGCUUGAUAACCCACUGGGACUUGACCAGCUACAAGUGUCUCCGUUUCAUCACAGAUGCCCAUCCUCCCGGGUUUGGUGUCCUGAGAGUGCGAUUUCUGGACGAUCCUACACUGGCCCUGUUCAACAACACCGGAGGAAACCUCUUUCUGCUCAAGUUCAAGAGGACCAUUGUUGGUAGAAACUGGACCUCAGAAUGCUUCUUCUCUGGAUGCCACGGAGAAGCGUUGACCUUUGAACCGCUGUUGAUGGGAGAAGACUCCCAGCUGUCGAUGUUCUCUGUGCUCGCCAUUGCCUCGGUGACCCAGGUCAUCUUUGUGGCUCUCACUCCAAAGAUCGAACCCAUCACCUCUCUGCCCCUCAAGGGCAGUGCGAAGUACCUACCUCAACUGGCCUGGAAUCUGGUGGUAAUAGAGCACCGUGCGGGAGGCAAGGUCUACACCACCACGGACGCCGUUUUAGCGGCCGUGAGGGAGCGAACAAUCAACUACGUUCAGUGCUCGGUGGGCGAUAAAGGCCAGCCAGUUCUCAAGCUGUUGCGCAAAAUUGAAGUUCCGUUCGAGAUUAUGGCAUUCCAGUGGGUGGAUGCGUACACUGUGGCGGCACUGGACCCCAAGGAGAACGCCCACCUCCUGAGUGUGAAGGACGACAGGGAGGUGGAGGUGUUUGACAUGGCCCACCUCGAGCUCGUCUACAACUCCUCCUUCUUCAAGUCCAUCGAGACCGGCGGCAACGUCAGCAAGGCCCUGAUUGUCGGCAGUGAACAUGCGUGCUAUAAUUCAGUUGUGAGCCAUAACAGUAGACUUUUUGUCCUGGGACUGAAGGCUGUACAUGUGGUAACCAUCAAAACGUGGAAAGAGAGACUGAGGAUUCUGGUGAGAGAGAACAGAAUGGACGAGGCCAUUCAACUGGGACUGGACCUCUAUGAGAACAAGGCCAGAGCUGUUGUUGGUCUGUCGGGACCUCCAAAGAAGAGACGAGAACAAGUGGCCGAAGAGCUGGUGGACAUUCUAAAGGGGUACGUGGACAUGGGGGUCAUGAUGCAGAAACCCAGUGCAGGCGGAGAGAGGGAAUUACGCAGACACUACAAGGUUUUGGUAAAAUGGGCGUUUGACGUGUGCCUCAAGAUAAAGAAACAGGAGCUCCUGUACACGAGUAUCUACGACACGUUCCGGAGCGAAGACGAUCUCAGUCGGUCUGUGUUCCUGGAACACCUCUGCGGCUACAUCACGGAGGGGAAGAUACGACACAUCCGCACGCUCAUCGUCAAAGACUUGAUCAGUCACUACUCCCAGAAGGGCGACUAUCAACUGUUGGAAAAGUGUUUUCUGCAGAUAUUGCCACAGUGUCUUGAUAUACACCAGGUGGUAGAGAUAUGUCUACAGCAGCAGUUGUACGACGGACUCAUCCACGUCCACAACCGCAGUCUCCAUGACUAUGGGACACCACUCCUGGAGCUCCUCCUCCAGCUACGAGCCACUCUCAAGAAGACCGGAGACAAGAAUAUACCCAGUGAUGCUCAAAAGCUCGGAUACAAACUUCUGGUGUAUGUCAGGUGCUGUGCCAGUGGACUGGGCUAUCCGUCGGGAAAACUACCCUCAGAGGAGCAACAACUGGCAAAAGCUUCGGUGUACGAAGUGCUGCUGGCCCCCACCAACACCCACAACCACAACGACAAGGAGAAAUACCCCCACGUUCACACUCUGCUUCACUUUGACACUCGAGAAUUCCUCAACGUUCUGGCACUGGCCUUCGAAGAACCCGACUUUGAUGUCGCCAUGUCACAGUCACCUCCUCCUCCUGGGAUUCCCACGAGGCAAGAGGUGGUGUCUGUGUUGCUGGAGGUUAUGGUGGGAGAGGGAGCCGACCACACCUUCUCCCCGUCCCAGGUGGGGUCCCUGUUCACGUUCCUGGCAAGGCAGGGGGCAAAGUACAGGACCAGUAUCCACGUGGAGGAGACCAUAUACGACCAGGUCCUCAACUACAUCACCCACACAGACGUCGACAUCGUCAACGAGGAGAGACAGCAGGCCCUCCUGGAACUCUGGCAUGCUGGGGUCCUCAAGAAGUUUGACGAGGAGAAGCUGUUAGUUCGAGCAGAGGCUGCCAGAUUCUAUCGGCUGUGCGAGUUGGUCUACGAAAAGAGACGACAGUUUGGCAAAGUUCUCUCCUGCUACAUGCGGGACCCCAACCGAAGGCACCAGGCGUUCUCGUACGUCCAUUCCGUGAUGACAGAGGACCAGUACACGGAACCUGACCGCGAGGAAGUGUCUCGAGCGAUGCUCGACAAGUUCCAGGUGUUGGUGGAGGCAGACGUGGCAGGUGCAGCUCGUCUGGUGUUAAUGGACUUUCCUCUGGAGCUGUCGGAGAUCACUCACAGACUCCAGCCAACCCCGGAGCUGCAGUUCGUCUUUCUCCAGGGCAUCUUUGAUCCCAAACAGGCCAGCAGACAGGAGACUGGCACUCCGACUCACGUAGUGGAGCGCUACAUCGACCUCCUCUGUCGCUACCAGCCCCAGGAAGUCUACGGCUUUCUCCACUCAAACGACAACUAUCGCGUCGAAGAGGCUCUGGACGUCUGCUCAAAGGCCAAGCUGAUGGACGCCACUGCCUACCUACUGGAGCGGAGUGGAGACCUACUGGGAGCAUUCAAACUCAUCCGCGAGACGCUGGGGAAGGAGCUUCAGAUGCUAAGCGAGAGAUACUAUCGCCAAGACAUCACGGAUGCCGCAGACAAAGAAAUGGGCAGCUGGAUCGAACGAGUGGAAGGAAUACUCACGGCACUGCUGACCUUCUGCCAGCGAAACUCCAGCAAACUUGCCAGCAAAGACAAGUCUAGACAGGCGCUGUGGUUCCCGACAUUCGACAGAGUCCACGACCUCCAGAGAAAGUACAAGGACUCGCGGAAUAAGCGGCUCAUGGAAUUGUACAACACCAUGAUAGGGAACAUUCUGAAUGCCAUGCUGGGCUACGUGAGCCUACAGAACAUUCUUCAAAAGAUUAUCCAGGACCCGUCGUACCAGUUCAAGGACAUCAAACAGCUCAUGAUGGGGAUUCUGGAGACAUACAACUAUGAGGAGACACUGCUGAAGAAGACAAACCACAUACUGAUCCACGACGUGUGCCAGUCUCUGGACAACCUGUGUGCACUUGUUCAGCAAGGGGUCUCCCCUCAUUCCAGGCAGUGUGUCAUAUGCAGCAGGCCGGCAGACUGCCUGGCAGACGGCUCCAAGGAUGAUGUCGUGGUGUUCAGUUGUGGUCAUCUCUAUCACGCCUCGUGUCUGGGACUGGAUACUGAUGACCCGGGUCACCUGAAUCACAGCUGCAUCGUCUGCCACAAGACACCCGCUCAUCUUCCAGGACGAGGGAGAACAAAGACAAUGGCCGGACCACAUAGAGGAAGAAGUUUCAAGGCCCAGAGAUCAGUACGGGAGCAGGUUGGAUUGGAUCCAGUCCAGAGAGAGAAGCUCAGGAGACUCAACAUGUCUUUCAAGAGCAACCCAGAUAUUAAGUUUAACCGACCCCUCACUUGCCAGCACUGCUCUUUCCCUCUACUAAUAAUAAUACCAAUGGAUUCCUGCAAGGAAGACAAGCUGCCAGCCGUUUACCAGCCAUCGUUCAUGAUCGACAACCUCCUGACGAGGAAGCCAAUUGACCAGAACGGAGGAGACUUCCCCACUCCCCUUCAACUGGAGCACAUGGGGAGGACAGAGAACAGAGACCACCCAGUCACCAGCAAUGGCAGAGGAGAUUUAUCAGCCAAUGGAAAUCACGAGAACAAAAGCUCCUUCACAAAGAGAGAGUCAGUGAGUACCAGUGGAGGUGAAGAGGAUGACGAUGGCUACAGAAAGAAAAAGAAGCCACGCACUGCCUUCUCUCGUGAGCAGGUCGGCGACCUCGAGAAGAAGUUUCAAGAGAAGAAGUACCUCUCAUCGGCAGAGAGAGGAGAGUUGGCCGAGAAACUCAAACUCUCUGACAUGCAGGUGAAGACCUGGUUCCAGAACCGACGCAUGAAGUUCAAGCGUCAGACGGAAGAAGCCGAGAUGGAGAUGAAGUCCCCCAAGUACCCCACCUACCCCUCCUUCAUGCCCUACAGCAGUUUUUAUCCCAGCUACAUGCCCAUGGCCUACAAGUCAGAGAACCUGGUUCACUACCCGUACACUGCCCUGCGGUCACCUCCGACCCCCGGCGGGUCGUCUGAUUCCAAUUUCUCCCCCAUGAGCCUCACCUCGCCCACCCAAUUUGCCCUCCAUUCCCCCCUCUCUCGCACUGCGGUGGCGGGCCAGUCCCCCCGGACGCCUGCCGGAAACCCUCCCACCGCCUCGUACUUCUCCAACGCAGCAGCUGCUGCCGCGGCCAGAGUCCUCACACCUCCCCCCUCCUCCACCACCUCCUCCUCCCCUUCUCCGUACCACCAUCCAACUGCCACCAAUAACGGUCAUCACCAUCACCACCACCACUCCUAUUUCACCGCCGACUGCUCUACCAUGCCCAACACCCAGCAGGGCGGGACAAGAGCAGGUGGGGUGAGCAUUACCAUGCCCAACACUGCACUGCAGCAGCUGCACUUCACUACCGGCACCGAGUGGACACGCCCUCUUCCAUAGUCAAACCACUAUAAUAUUGACCUGGAGCCAUGACAGAAACUCUACCCAGUUCAGUGUGAUUUUAACCAUUUCUCAGUCGAUUAGUAUCAGUGAUUUUUAAACCCUUAGCCCACUAGCUACACACCAAUGUGCAAUAAUAUCACUUACAAGUUCUUUGUGUGCAUCUCUGUGUAAAAAUUAUAGUUCACAUGAUGUACUUUUAGUGCUGUAUAAUACUACCCAUUAAUACUAUUAUCAUUAUUAUCAUCGAGUCAGUUAUUAAUAUAAAAUAAUUGAGUCACUUAUUAAAAUCUUCAAUUAGAAGUCAGUUGUAUAAUUAUGUAACACAGUAAAAAGACACAGUGAAGAGAAAUAGCUAUAAGAUUCUAUAAGAUACCUGCCUCAAUAAAUGGGAUACAAGAGUGAGGAGACCAAUUGUUUAGAGAGAAAGACAGAGGGCAAAAGCGAAGAUUAAAUAAACUCUAAGCGACACAUCAUGACGGUCAAAAAAACACAAUGAUGUCUUGGUGGGAGAUUGACGAAGUAUAAAAGAGUCAGAAAAACGAAACGAUACAACUAUGAUACAGUGACAGUAUAGGAAUAAGGUGCUUGCUUCUUACAUUUGUGCACAACAUGUAUGACCAGGGUGAGUAAGAGAAGGUGGUCAGAAAGUGAGAGAGAGAGAGAGAGAGAGACGAGAGGAGCCAGAGAGGUGCAUCAGUUUUUCUUCCAAGCCGUCCGCCGACACUUUGUGCGUCGGUUCUGGAACCAUAUCUUCACCUGGCUCUCGGAGAGGUUGAGUCUGUCGGCGAGCCGGGAGCGCUCCGCCGUGGUGAGGUACUGGGUCGCGUUGAAAGCCUUCUCCAGUUCUCCGAUCUGGUCUCCGGAGAACGUGGCUCGGCCCUUCUUGGAGUCUUUCUUGUCUUUUCCGUUGGCCGACUUGUCUCCCUCGCCCUCGGAGGACUUCGGAGAGAAGGUGUCGGGGGAGAUUGGGGUGAUGGGGUGAGGGGGUGGGGUGUAGAUGAGUCCAGGGGGGUGGCCCAUUCCGCCGUCAUGCAGACGGUCACCCAUGUGGGGAUCGUAUCCAACUAUUGGAAUGCCGCGCGGUAAGGCUGCUGGGAUGUAGAAGUUUGCGGGGACCUCGCCUGGAUGAUGGUAAAUCAUGCUGUGCGGGUGAGUCGGAGUGGUAGGAGAACGGACAUGCUCCGGGGUGGCCGAAGUCGGAGAGAACAUGUUGGCUGCCGUGCUAGUGGUCGGAGACUUCUGGUAGCCGGCGCCACCCGUUUUGGCGAUCUCGCUCUGGAGGUUGUCUGCCUGUCCGCCCAGGAUGUCGGCAAUGUUGUGCCGCGUCGCUCCGUUCUGGUCCGUGGAGGAACCCUGCUGUUGGUGCUGGUGGUGUGGAGACAGGCCCGUCGGGGAGGUGAGGUGGUACGCCGACGGGCUGGAGGCCCCGGUUCCGGUCGCAGGGUAGGCUGCCGCGGCUGAAUACGCCGCGUAGUCGUAUGGCCAGGCGGCGGAGGGAUGCAGAGCUGGCGGCCAGUUCAUGCGCUGGUUUGCGGCGGCGGCCGAGUAGCCGUACUCGAGCCCGGGUCUCAUGGCUCCUCCGCCGGUCGGAGGGUAGAACUGCAUGAUUGUUUCGCUCUCUGCGGUGUCGGAGAACUGAGGAGGGGAGAGCGAGUCUUGGGGAGCUAGAGAAGGAGGUGUAGACAAAAGCGUAGGGGGGGUCGGUAGUGACGCGAAGCGAAGAGCGCGGUGCUAUAUCCGCACAAGCGCACG